ACAACUCUUGAUGCGGCCCGGCCCAACCCGAACACUCUUGGCGUCUGGUCCCACGCCGCGCCGGGUCGCCUGUUCGUAUAGUUUUGGCUGAAAGCGUGUAGAAUCAUGGAGCAUCGACUGCUUGCGGUUUUACCUUCGCUGGGUGCAGUUUGGCGCUCGGCAUCCUCGCAACAUGCCGCUUGCACGUGCAGCCGGUUAGCAUUUACGCCAAACUUAUUUGCAGUACCAAAGCAUCAACUUGCGACGCCUGUCCCGGGCUAUAGCGCUCUCUUUUCUCGCGGCCUUCAGCAGCAGGCCCGGCAGGCCAUCGCAGGCACAGGUGGAGACGGCUUCACAAACUCGAGUGGCCUUACAAACAACUCGCUUGUAUCAAUCAACGGAGCAUCAGCGGGAUUCGCCUCGUCGAGCACCGGGCCAACUCCUGCAACACCCGCCUCGCCCACCUCGGCGACAACGCCCGCGCCCCCUUCCCAACCACCUCCCGCCAAGAAGUCACCAUGGGAGCAGGCCAAGGCCGCGGCUGUGAAGAACUUCCUGCCUCUGGCCUUCGCCACUGCGCUGGUGUGGGCGCUGGUGUGGCCUGACCCGGGGGCCUACCUGGUGGGGAUCAAGGUGGCGGGAAACAUACGCAUCGCGCAGGUGCUGCCGGUGGUGCUGGUGUUCCUGAUCUCGGGUCUGCAGCUGGACACCAAGGACAUGCGCGCCGCGCUGUCCGCGCGCAACCUGCCGGCGCUGGCGUACGGGCUGAUCGCCAUCCUGGCCAUCACGCCGCUGCUGGGGUUCGUGCUGCGGGAGCUCCCGCUGGAGCCCAAGGAGUUUGCAACGGGCCUUGCAGUGUUCAGUGUGGCUCCCACCACACUGGGUGUGGGCGUGGCGCUCACGGCGGCGUGUGGCGGCAAUGAGGCACUGGCGCUAUUGCUCACGGUCGCCACCAACGCACUCGCGGUGUUCACAAUGCCGCCGGAGCUGCAGCUGCUGCUGCCGCCAGCCGCCGAGGGGGCGGCGGGAGCUGGUGCCGUGAACGUGAAUGUGUUUGACCUGCUCACCAAGCUGGCAGCCACAGUGCUGGUGCCCUUCGUGCUGGGCAAGGCCGCCCGCGAGUACCUGCCCGGCGCCGCCGCCUUCGCCAAGGCGCACCGCGGCCGCCUGUCCCUGUUCUCCACCGCCUCGCUCGCCUUCGUGGUGUGGCAGACGCUGUCCUCCGCGCGCGACCUGCUUCUGGCGCAGCAGCCCGGACCGCUGGCGGCCAUGGUGGCGGCGGCGCUGGGCAUGCACCUCUUCUAUCUGGCCGCCAACUUUGCGGUGGUCUGGCACGUGCUGCGGCCGCCGCUGCGUGAGGCCAUUGCGGUGGGCAUCAUGGCGUCACAGAAGAGCGCACCCGUGGCGGUCACGGUGAUCUCCUACUUGUCCAGCAACCCCGCGCAGCAGGGCCUCAUGGCGCUGCCGGCGGUGGUGGGGCAGAUGGGGCAGAUCUUCAUCGGGGCGGCCCUGGCGCGGCAGCUGUCCGCCGUGGUGGCCCGACACAAGGAGGCGGAAGCGCUUGCUGCAAAGCCGCCGCUGCCGGGCAGCCCUGCUCCUUCUGCCUCUGCAGCUGCUGCGGCUUCUGCUGCACCGCCGCCGCCUUCGCAGCCGCCGCCAGGGCAGGCGGCGGGCGCCCAGGAGCCCGGGGCCAAGUGAGACAGACUGGCAGACUGAGUGACUGUGACACGCCAUUCUGCGGGCAUUGCAUUUCACCGGCAGAGCAGGAUGUAGCCCCGUCCCAUUCGGCCGGGUUGAGGGGAUGGUGUCACGGUUGGAUCGUGUCAUGCCGUGCGAUGAGGCUGUUGCCCGGCCUACAAGGGCGCAGCGCCGGCCUUGCCCGGCGCUGCUCUUUCGUUACUCCCGUACUCGUACCGAACCAACACAGAACAGACUAUAUGCUGUAACGAACUCUGGUGGAGUGACCAUUCACUGGGGUCCGGAAAGCAUUCUCUCUCUCUGUAGUUCGGUGGGCGUCAUCGGAGGGCAAGCCAAGUCUAGGCGCUUACAAGCGCAUAGCAACGUCACUCUACGGUCCAGGCCCAGGCGUCGCUUCUCACACUGCAUGUCUUGGACACCGUGUAAUCACCGCCGGGGAAUCCCAUGCGUGUCGUGUAAACCCCAUCAACU